AUGAGCGGGGAUUCUUUUCAGCUGCUUGGGAUGGCGGAGAUGGGGAUGAUUCCGGCCAUCUUUGCUAGAAGGGGGUUGUUCGAGGCGGAGAUGAGCGGGGAUUCUUUUCAGCUGCUUGGGAUGGCGGAGAUGGGGAUGAUUCCGGCCAUCUUUGCUAGAAGAUCAAAAUACGGAACUCCAACAAUUAGCAUCCUCUGCUCUGCAACUGGGGUAAUACUCCUAUCAUGGAUGAGCUUUCAAGAGAUCCUAGAGUUUCUGAACUUUCUCUAUGCGAUAGGAAUGCUUCUUGAAUUUGCUGCCUUCAUCAAACUCAGGUUUAAGAAGCCAGAUCUUGAUAGGCCGUAUAAAGUUCCUGUAGGCAAUAUUGGUGCAAUUCUUAUUUCUCUACCUCCUAUGUUCUUGCUUGUUCUUGUUAUGUGCCUGGCCUCAACAAGGACUGUUAUUGUAAGUGGCCUUGUAAUUCUAUUUGGGUUUGUUCUAUAUCCUGCGAUUGGAUAUGUGAAGUAUAAAAAGUGGGUUAAGUUUAUCGAUACUCCUAUACUUCGGGAGACUCAGCAUGAGGAAAUUGAUGAAGAAGUUGUUGGUAGUCUUCUAGAAGAUCAUUCGUUUGGUGAAGGAGAUAAAUGAUUCUGAAUCCAGCUCGGACGAGAUCCUGAAAGUUGAAUAGGGAAACAGCUUAUAGUUAUGAAUAUAAGAUACACAUGCAUGAUAUUUGUUGUUGUAUCAAUAUGUAACAUUUGUUCAGCAAAUAAUUGUAAAGUAUUUCUUGAUUGGUUAUUCGUUGUGUCAUGUAUGCAAUUCAUUUGUUUCUUUUAUAUCGAAAUAACAUCAGUAAUCUUUAGUCCUAUGUUACGAUUUACGAAUUAA